CUCUUCCCAGUCUCCUCGGAAACCGCAGCGGAGCGCCGAGGCGCUGCAACGCCGCUCGACGUGAGCUAUGAACACUGAAAUGCACACGGUCGGCUCUCGAUGCGUUCCGAAAGAGAAACAAGGCGAACUAUGUUUACCUAUGAUGCCUUUCACUAACCGUAAAGACACAACGCCUCGAGUUUCGGAGACCUUGUAAAGCAGCGCUCCAGAACAGCCCGACGGCCUCUACCCGGACGCAGAGCGAGGGACCGGGCCCAGCGGGGUGAGAGCUCUCCCCCAGCAUGGCCUCCAGUACAUUCCCCAUGGGACCAAUGGACCGGAGCGGUAGCUUCUUCAAGCUGAUCGACGCCUUCGCGUCGGAGAUCGGGGAGCUGAAGCAGGAGAUGGUCCGGACGCCCUCGCGGAAGAGGAGAAGCCGCCGGUUGCAUUCCAAGGGGCUGGAGGGUGAGGUAAGCGGGCUGUACCUGCAGUCCCGCCACUGCAGCCACCGUGCGGGCGGUGAGAGGGAUUCUGGGUAUGACUCGCUGGGCAGGAGGAUGAGUGUGCUGGCCCGGCUGACCCAGACGCACCCCGUGUGGCUACUGCUUGCCCUGGGGGAGGAGGAGGCCAGACGCAUUCUGCUCAGACAGCCAGCCGGGGUGUUCCUGGUGACGAGGUCCGCCGCCCUCCAGAGGAAGGUCCUCAGUGUACGACUGGAGGACGAGGGCUCCUCUCCGUGUAUCCAGGACUUCCCCGUCAAGGAGAGCCAGUACACCUUUUCCCUGGAACACUCUGGGAUCAGCUUUGCAGACCUGUUCCGUCUGGUGGCUUUCUACUGUGUCAGCAGGUAACGGAUAUAAGUUAAAUCUCUCUCUCUCUCUACCUC